CUGAAAAGAGGAACACAACAGUUACUCUGUCCACGCACCCCCAACCCAACACCCAUAACACCAAGAAGUAGUGGCAAGAUUACUCCUCCAUUGACUGCUACUCUCUUCAGGCCAGCACUAGAUUUUGCAUCCAGAUUCCGCCAAAUACACCCUCUCAAAAAAGAGUAGUUAAAGAGAAACAAUUUAAGAGCAGCACUUUGGUUGCUGCCCCGUAGCAGCAGCAGCAGUAGUAGUAGAAGGGAGAAAUGCAAGAUCCAAAUGUUGGCAUUGCGAAGCAGCAGCAGCAGCAGCAGCAGCACCAGGCGGCGCCAUUUGCAUUUAGGCCCACUCACCACCGAAGAGCUCAUUCCGAGGUUAACUUUAGAUUACCGGAAGACUUAGAUCUGGUUCCUGACCCUUUCGAUGUACCUGCUGGGACUAGCUUCGACGAGAUGGGAUCCGAGGACGAUCUCUUCUCUACUUACAUGGACAUUGAGAAGCUCGGCGGAUCUAACAAUUCCAACUCUAAUAAUAAUAACAAUAAUGUUAACGACGGCGACAAUGCGGGUGGUGCUUGUUUGCCCCACAGUGGUGCGGAUGGAGAGAAGAGCUUGCCCCCCGGAACUAUGAGGCCCCGUCAUCGCUAUAGUAAUUCCGUUGACAGUUCCAGCUUACUGUUGAAUGAGAGCAGUAUUGAAGCUAAGAAAGCUAUGGCUCCUGAUAAGCUUGCUGAGCUCUGGACCAUUGAUCCUAAACGAGCUAAAAGAAUUUUAGCAAAUCGACAGUCUGCUGCUCGAUCAAAAGAGAGGAAAGCCCGCUAUAUAAAUGAACUAGAAAGGAAAGUUCAGACACUUCAAACUGAAGCAACCACUCUAUCCGCACAACUCACUCUUUUCCAGAGAGAUACGACUGGACUAACUACUGAAAAUACAGAGCUUAAGCUCCGGUUACAAGCUAUGGAACAACAGGCUCAGUUACGUGACGCGCUUAAUGAAGCACUGAAACAAGAAGUAGAAAGACUUAGAAUUGCCACUGGAGAAAUAUCAGGCCCUUCAGAUGUCUACCAUUUGGGGAUGCAGCAUGUUCCCUAUAGUCAAUCUUUCUUUUCACAUCAGGCACAGCCAGGACCCGGUGAUUCCCAAAAUCCACAAAUGGCCCCGUUCAAUCCCCUGCAGGCAAACAUGUCCAAUCGCCACCCCUCUUUGCUUGCACCUGCUCAAAUGCACUCUUUUUCUGAUACAUUACAGCAGGAUCCACUCGGUCGCUUUCAAGGCCUUGAUAUUGGGAGCAGGACCUCUCAUACAGUGAAAUCUGAAGGCCCUUCGCUUUCUGCCAGCGAAAGCAGCAGUACAUUCUGAUUGCUGAUGAUUGAUGCAUUGCUCCAACGGUAUUUGUGAAGUUGUUCAUAGACUGACACCCAGUUAACCUCCAGGUCCACCUAUUCUUCCAUUUUUUUAUUGUUUAUUUGAUUUGUGUCUUAGGUUUCGGUAGCCUUGACUUGUUCUUUUGGUAUCGGUCUUCAGUUAUGGUGGUGGAGGUUCGUUUAUUUAUUUUCCAACAUAAAUUUUGGUUGAAGUGAGAGAGCAUAUUUCUGAUCUGGUCCUUUAUUUGUCUGGAAAUGGCCACUAUGGCCAUGGGAUCCAUAGUAGCACGCACCUCUCGUGUGAUCUUAUUCUCAGUGUGUGUGUACCAGGUUAAACUAAGUAGCGGUCUGGGACGGUAAUUGUACUGUAAUUUACCGAUGGGUGAAACACGACUAUGUAUACUGUUGCUUUAUUAACUUUUUUGUCUCAGCUGAAA